AUGACGCUCGUCAUCUCCUACGACCGCUUCCGGGCGACCAACAUGCCUCUGAAGCAUUUGUCGGAGAAGACGCUGGGCCACGCAUGCUUCCUGAUAUUCCUCGGUUACUUCAUCCCUGUCAUGCUGUGGACUCCAAUGUUCAUUAUUCUACCGUACGCAGGGGUCAUCUCUCGGGUGCGACCUCCCAGUUGUCACGGCCCAUACGCCUUCUAUCCGGGGUUGUUGACAUUUACGGUGCUCUCUCUAUCCUGGGCACCCAUGAGCCUGGCUGUUGUCCUGUACACUCUAGUCUACUGCGCUAUUAUUCGCAAAGGUCUCGCAAAAAACCGAGGAAAUGCAAAACCGACCGUCUCCGGGGCCAUUUUCAAGAGAAAGGCGUUAAACAAAGUACCAUUCUCGACAAGUAAUUGCUCUGACGCCGAAUUACCCGAACAAGCGAGAGACGCGGAGAAUGCCUCCUCUGUGUUUAGCGUCUCGGUUGCAGUCUCCCAGGGAAUGAGCAACCCAGCCUUGGAGGUUUCUCUGGAAAACAGCGUUCAAGCGGCAAAGUACCCCGGAACGAUUGGGCUAACACAAAAGCAGGCUGCGCCUUCAACAGGGUAUCGUCACCCCCACGACAGACUAGGCCACUCUGCCCACUUUAGACGAUCGUCCAAACGCGCAAGUGGUUUGGCCACUCAACGGGCAACCCGCACCCUCACCCUUGUCUUCACGACCAUGAUCGUGUCUGCCAUGCCGUGGUCGGUGUUUGCCUUGUGGGCAGCAGUGUACCCAGAGAGCUUACCGCCGUCAAUUAAUAUUAUCUUCAAG